AUGGCUUGGAAUCAAAUUCGAGUUGCAAGUAGCCUCGCUCAGCAUCAGCUAUUAUUGAAAAAUCACCCAAUUUACAAUCAAAUAAACUCAAUUGAAUCUUUAAGAAUUUUUAUGAAAAAUCAUUCCUACAUUGUUUUCAAUCAUUCCUCACUUAUAAAAUCGCUCCAAAGUAAGUUCGAGAUAAAUGCAUUCCCUUAUUUCUUACCCAAAAAUUCAAAGCAAGCUAAUUUUAUUGAAAAUCUUAUGAUUCCAAGUUCUGAUAGAUACUCAUUCAGCUAUAUGUAUAAUUUAUAUAUAAACGCAAUGCAAGAGAUAGGAGCUUUUUCAGAGCCUAUUGAGUCAAUGGUUUCAACACUAAAGGCAGGAAACAGUUGAAAAGAUUCAUAUGAAAGGCAUAUUAAAGAUUAUUCAUUAAUUGUUUUACCUGAAACACUGAAAUUUAUAGAUAACUCAAUAAAAGUCGCUCGUGAUGGAGCAAUCCAUAAGAUUUGUGCUUAUUUCUUAUACCCUGCUGAUAAUGUGGUUUCUGAUAUCUUCCAGAAAAUGGCAACAAAAUUUAACUCAGUCAGUUUCAAUAAAUAUAUAGAAAGCCAAACUGGAAUGUUUAACAAUGAAUUAGAUACAAUUAAAGAAACAAUAAAAGUUGUAUGCGGAGAAGAUUCACUCAAAUGGGAAGAAGUUUUUUUGUUUGGAAAGAUGGCAAUAGAAGAAAAACUAACUUGGCUAGAUGCAAUCAGCAAUAAUAUGAAUAAGCCAACUACAAUUUAUGAGAAAAUUGGAGGCAAAAAGGAAGAGAAUAUGAUCAUUAAUAAUUUUAUACUUGAGAAUUGGAGUGAAAUUGCAAGCUACAGCAAUGAAAAUUAUUCAGAAAAUUUUAUUGCUACUACACUUGGAGGGCCUGCUAGUGUAAACCCAAAACUCAGUAUUUUGGAAGAUAUCUCAAGUAUUUUAUGGAUUUCUCAUGCAUUUAAUGAAGCAAAAAUAAACUGUUCGUCAUAG